AUGUCCGCGCGUGCGCCCGUCGUGAGCUCGGGGCGACGGCUGAGCAACCCUACGACGACGGCGUCGAGACGGAUGACGACGCGGUCGAGCGCGACGAAGUCGGUGUCGGAGCAGUUCGGUGCGGUGCUGCGAGAGAAUAAACGCGCGUUCAUUCCGUUCAUCUGCGCCGGGGAUCCAGACUUGGAAUCGACGAAGAAGGCGCUGAAGAUUCUGGACGACGCGGGGGCUGACAUCAUCGAGCUCGGCGUGCCGUACAGCGAUCCGCUGGCGGACGGACCGGUGAUUCAGGCGGCGGCGACGCGAGCGCUCGAGGCUGGGGCGACUUUGGACAAGGUUAUCGCGCUCGUGAAAGAAAUGUCUCCGCAGAUCAAGGCGCCGAUCGUGAUGUUCACGUACUUUAAUCCUAUUUAUCAGCGCGGGGUGGAGAAAUUUUGCGCCGACAUCGCGGCGGCUGGCGCGAAGGGAUUGCUCGUGCCGGACAUCCCGCUCGAGGAAACGUACUCUAUGAGUGAAAUCGCGAGUACGCACGGGAUCGAACUCGUGCUGCUCUCGACGCCGACGACGCCGGUGGAACGAGCGAAGAAGAUCGCUCAGGCGACAAAGGGGUUCGUCUACCUCGUCUCCGUCACCGGCGUCACGGGCGUGCAAACGCAAGUCGCCUCGCGCGUCGAGAGUCUGGUUGAGGAGUUAAGAGCCGUGACGGAUAAGCCCAUCGCGGUCGGUUUCGGGGUGAGCCAAGCCGCGCAAGCGAAGCAGAUCGUGGAUUGGGGUGCCGACGGCGUCAUCGUCGGCUCGGCGCUCGUUCGCGCGCUCGGCGAGGCAAAGACGCCCGAGGAAGGUCUCGCCGCUCUCAAGGCAAAGGCGGACGAGAUUCGCUCUGGGGCGAAGCUCUAA